GGCCCGGCGGCGGCGGCGGCGGCGGCGGCGGCGCGGAGAGCCCGAGCGGACGAGACCCAGGCUCAAGAUGGCAGAUUCCGACUGAGUUUGGGGGGGCCGACGUCUCGCUUCGCUUUCUCCUUUCCGUUGCCAUGAAUAACGGACAUCCUGGCCCCGAUGGCCCCCAUGUACGAAGGUAUGGCCUCACAUGUGCAAGUUUUCUCCCCUCACACCCUUCAAUCAAGUGCCUUCUGUAGUGUGAAGAAACUUAAAGUGGAACCAAGUUCCAACUGGGAUAUGACCGGGUACGGCACACACAGUAAAGUCUACAGCCAGAGCAAAAACGUUCAGCCCUCACAACCAGCCGCCACUACCGUCAGCACCUCCCUGCAAAUCCCCAACCCCAGCCUACCUUACGAACAGACCAUCAUUUUUCCAGGAAGCACUGGGCACAUCGUAGUAACAUCUGCAAGUAGCACUUCUGUCUCUGGGCAAGCCCUUGGUGGACCACAUAACCUGAUGCGUCGAAGCACUGUGAGCCUUCUUGACACCUACCAAAAAUGUGGACUCAAGCGUAAGAGUGAGGAGAUUGAAAAUACAAGUAGUGUGCAGAUCAUUGAAGAACACCCACCCAUGAUUCAGAAUAAUGCAAGUGGGGCCACUGUAGCCACUGCCACCACAUCUACUGCCACCUCCAAAAAUAGUGGCUCCAACAGUGAAGGUGAUUAUCAGCUAGUCCAACAUGAGGUUCUCUGCUCCAUGACUAACACAUAUGAGGUCUUAGAGUUCCUUGGUCGAGGGACAUUUGGACAAGUGGUCAAGUGCUGGAAACGUGGCACCAAUGAAAUUGUUGCUAUCAAAAUCUUGAAGAACCACCCAUCUUAUGCCCGGCAAGGUCAGAUUGAAGUGAGUAUUCUGGCCCGAUUGAGUACAGAAAGUGCAGAUGACUACAACUUUGUCCGAGCUUAUGAGUGCUUCCAACAUAAAAACCAUACCUGCUUGGUCUUUGAAAUGUUAGAACAGAACCUCUAUGACUUCCUGAAACAGAACAAGUUUAGUCCUUUGCCCCUCAAAUACAUCCGCCCUGUCCUCCAGCAGGUAGCCACAGCCCUAAUGAAAUUAAAGAGCUUGGGUCUCAUCCAUGCAGACCUCAAGCCAGAGAACAUUAUGCUGGUUGAUCCAUCCAGACAGCCAUACAGAGUUAAGGUCAUCGAUUUUGGUUCAGCUAGCCACGUGUCAAAGGCUGUGUGUUCUACCUACCUUCAGUCCAGAUAUUACAGAGCUCCUGAAAUUAUCCUUGGUUUACCUUUUUGUGAGGCAAUUGACAUGUGGUCCUUGGGUUGUGUCAUUGCAGAGCUAUUUUUGGGUUGGCCUUUAUACCCAGGAGCAUCAGAGUAUGAUCAGAUUCGAUAUAUUUCACAAACACAAGGUUUGCCAGCAGAAUAUUUAUUAAGUGCAGGAACAAAGACAACAAGGUUUUUCAACCGUGAUACAGACUCACCAUAUCCUUUGUGGAGGCUAAAGACACCAGACGACCAUGAAGCAGAGACAGGGAUUAAGUCCAAGGAAGCAAGGAAGUACAUUUUUAACUGUUUGGAUGACAUGGCACAGGUGAAUAUGACCACAGAUCUGGAAGGAAGCGACAUGUUAGUGGAAAAAGCUGACCGACGAGAGUUUAUAGACCUAUUGAAGAAGAUGCUGACCAUCGAUGCAGAUAAGAGGGUCACGCCAAUCGAAACCCUGAACCAUCCUUUUGUUACCAUGACACAUUUGCUUGAUUUUCCCCAUAGUACACAUGUCAAGUCUUGCUUCCAGAACAUGGAGAUUUGCAAACGCCGGGUGAAUAUGUAUGAUACAGUGAACCAGAGUAAAACACCUUUCAUCACCCACGUGGCCCCCAGCACAUCUACCAACCUAACCAUGACCUUUAACAACCAGCUAAACACUGUCCACAACCAGGCCACCAACCUGGCUCCCACCUCCACCAGUGCCACUAUUUCCUUAGCCAAUCCCGAAGUCUCCAUACUAAACUACCAAUCUACACUCUACCAGCCCUCAGCGGCAUCCAUGGCUGCAGUGGCCCAGCGGAGUAUGCCCCUGCAGACUGGAACAGCGCAGAUUUGUGCCCGGCCUGACCCCUUCCAGCAAGCCCUUAUCGUGUGUCCCCCAGGUUUCCAAGGAUUACAAGCUUCCCCUUCAAAGCAUGCUGGUUAUUCUGUGCGGAUGGAGAAUGCAGUUCCAAUUGUCACUCAGGCUCCAGGAGCUCAGCCUCUCCAGAUCCAACCAGGUCUACUUGCACAGCAGGCCUGGCCAAGUGGGACCCAACAAAUUCUGCUUCCCCCAGCCUGGCAGCAGUUGACUGGAGUGGCCACACAUACCUCAGUGCAGCAUGCAACUGUAAUUCCUGAGACUAUGGCAGGGACCCAGCAGUUGGCAGACUGGAGGAACACGCACGCUCACGGAAGCCACUACAACCCCAUCAUGCAGCAGCCGGCUCUUUUGACUGGCCACGUGACCCUUCCGGCGGCCCAGCCCUUGAAUGUGGGCGUGGCUCACGUGAUGAGGCAGCAGCCGACCAGCACGACGACCUCGCGGAAGAAUAAGCAGCACCAGACAGCAGCCAGAAACAUGUCGGCCUACGAGGUUUCCUCCUCCCAGACCAUCACUUCUCCUCAGCGGUCCAAGCGAGUCAAAGAGAACACACCUCCCCGCUGUGCGAUGGUGCACAACAGCCCCGCCUGCAGCACCUCUGUCACAUGUGGCUGGGGCGACGUGGCUUCCAGCACCACCAAGGAGCGCCAGCGGCAGACAAUUGUCAUCCCUGACACCCCCAGCCCCACAGUCAGCGUCAUCACCAUCAGCAGUGACACAGAUGACGAAGAAGAACAGAAGCACGCCCCCACCAGCACUCUCUCCAAACAAAGAAAAAAUGUCAUCAGCUGUGUCACGGUUCAUGAUUCUCCUUACUCUGAUUCCUCCAGCAACAACAGCCCCUACACCAUGCAGCAUCGAGCAGGCCACAAUGCAAACACCUAUGACCCCAAGGGGGCGCUGGAGAGCCACUGCAGCGGGAAUCCCCGAACUAUUAUUGUGCCGCCCCUGAAAACCCAGGCCAGCGAAGUGUUGGUGGAGUGUGAUAGCCUAGUUCCAGUCAAUACCAGUCACCACUCAUCCUCCUACAAGUCUAAGUCCUCCAGCAUCGUGACCUCCACUAGUGGUCACUCUUCAGGGAACUCGUCUGGAGCCAUCGCCUAUAGGCAGCCGCGGCCAGGACCACAUUUCCAGCAACAGCAGCCUCUUAAUCUCAGCCAGGCCCAGCAGCACAUCACCACGGAUCGAGCCGGACCUCACCGGCGCCAACAAGCCUACAUCACUCCUACAAUUGCUCAGGCUCCGUACUCCUUUCCGCACAACAGCCCCAGUCAUGGCACAGUCCACCCUCACCUGGCUGCUGCUGCCGCCCACCUCCCAACCCAGCCUCACCUCUACACCUACACCACCCCUGCGGCUUUGGGCUCCACCGGCACCGUAGCCCACCUUGUGGCCUCCCAGGGCUCUGCUCGCCACACCGUGCAGCAUGCUGCCUACCCAGCAAGCAUUGUUCACCAAGUCCCUGUUAGCAUGGGGCCUCGAGUCCUGCCCUCACCCACCAUCCACCCAAGUCAAUAUCAAGCUCAAUUUGCCCACCAGACCUACAUCAGCGCCUCUCCGGCCUCCACUGUCUACACUGGAUACCCAUUGAGCCCUGCCAAGGUCAACCAGUACCCUUACAUAUAAAUACUGGAAUGUGGGAGGAGGGUGAAGAGAGGGAGGUUUGAAAGAAGGGAGGGGAAGAAAGGAGAAGGAGAGAGAAAGGGAGCACCUUGGAUUGAAAUGGGAGCGAGGCUGCUUUUUAUACAGGAGGAUGCAGCUCACAAACAAUGCAAAUGGGGCCGGGGAGACAGAGGAAGAAAGGUAAGGAAGUGAGAGUUAGGGGCUGUCAGUGAAACUUGAACAAGGAAGUGGAAGGAGAGGACAGAGGAAAGACAUUUUGAAAAAAGGAAGGAACUGAGGAGGGGAAAUUAUUCUAUGCUUUUUAUUUUUAAAAAGAAAAAGGAAAAAAAAAGAAAACAAUAACAACAACAAAAAAACCCACAGAAUCAUGUAUCCAUUCUGCACCAAACUGGAGAGGAGAAGAGAGCACCAGGAAGAUCCCAGAAUUUGGGGGCCCCAGUUUUUUAAGAACUUUAUCUAUAGACUUUUGAAAGAUUAUUUUCAUAUGACAGCAAGUGACAUUUAAGAAGUUGCUGUCAGGGACACCUGAAACCGAAAUCCAAUAGGUUUUUAAUCAAUUGAACAAAAUAAGAAAAAGGGAUUUUUCCAGAACUCUGAAGGGCCCAUAACCCUCCUGUGCAUCUGGCUGUGAUCCUAGGGCACUGAUAUGUAGUCGUUAUUGUGGGGAUGGAGAGAAGAAGGUGAGGGUGAGAGUCAGGCAAGAUAUAAGAAAGGGGCAGGCUGGGCUCCUCAUUGCUUUGGAGUCAAAUUCACGCCCUUGUGUUUGGCCAGCUGGUAGAUGAUUUGGAGAGGGUCUAAUUUUCCCUUCCGGGCAUUCUGGAUCAAUCCCUAAGCAAUGUUAUUCCUAAAAUGUCAUUAAUAAUGUAUGUUGAAAUUCUGAGUUUUCUUUUCUGUUGUUUUCUUUUCACUUUGAAUCCCUAGCCGUGUAGGAGGUAGCAGAAGUUUUAGCCGCCCCCCCCCCUCCCCACCUCCACAUAGGAUGUAGCACUGUAGCCCUUUUUUUCUUACUUUGUGUUCAACUUCAGUGAUACCAAUAGAUUUAUCUUCAAUGUGAUUGCACAAAAAAGUGAUAUAACAUAGGCAUGUAACAAAGUGAUUGUCUAGGUUUGUGUGUGAGAGUGUGUGUGAGCGUGUGUGAGCGUGUGUGUGAGCGAGAGACCAGAGAGCUGGUGCUGCCUUCUCUCUGCAAUGCGUUCCUCGGCACAGCCAUUACAACUGUCACAGUCUUAGUUUUACAUCAUUCCCUCCUAGUGCCUUACCAAAUUACAGACAUGCUGUAAGGGUUUACUUCCACUGGUACUCCUAGAAACUGCCUGAGGCUAGUCAGACUAGAAUCCCAGUCCUCCUUUUUUGCUGUAAUCUGGCUCGGGCUUUUUCUUCUUUUACUCCUAAUCCUUAUUUUUCUUGCGGCCAGUUGUCCUGCCCACUUUCCGUGUCAGGGAGGCUUCGCAGGGGCUGCAGGAUGUUGCCCAUGUGGCUUUGGAGGAUUGGGUAGGAGCAGCAGCCGACUCAGAACAGGACUUUGGGCCAAGUUUUCGUGUGUUGGCCCAACGAAUGAGGCAUUCCCGCCUUCCCGGGGACUCGGAGGCUGUAGGCUCUUUAGAAGUGAGGAUCUUUGGCAGCUUACUGUCUGCAAAGGAGGAAAAUGGAGCCACUCAUUGAGAGAGUAGGGAUAUCUUGUCAGAAGCCAGGCCAGCCUAGGGAUGAGAGCAGACCCUACAAAUUCUGGGUGCUCUUGGCCCCUCCCUUCAUUCCUCCUUUCUCUGUGCUUGCCCUGGGAAUUUAGAGUCCGGACUGAGAGUCAGAUAGUCCAGCUUCUCCUCCUGAUUUUUCUACUACACACUCUGUGACUUUGGCUGGGCUGACCAUCCCUUUGGGCCUCAAUUUUCUGGCUAGAUGGUCCCCAAGGCCCCUCCCAGUUCUCCUGUUCUGUGAUUCAAUCUCUUGGCCCCUCUGCAGUUCCCACACCCAGCUUUCCUGCUGUCAUCACUUUACCCUUGCACUAUUCCCAGACCCUGCUUGUCUGGCUUCUCCCCUCCUCACCUCCAUGGAAAACCACCAGCCUAGACAUUUUGCUGCUAAAUUCUUUCCUCCAAUUCCCUAAUUUUCUUUGAGCCCCUGGUUUUCAGGAAGUUUUUUGGGGGAAGAGGAGUUCCACAUGAACACCCCAACCUCACUCUUGUCAGAAAGUCCUUUGCACUGCUGCAUGGUUGCUUCAAGCAAUAUCUAGUAGGCUCUGAUAAAUGUACUGGAAGUGACUUGAGGGGCUGGGAAUUCAGAUUAAGAAAACAUCCUCCUCAAGCAGAGAGAAGCCCUCAGAAUUUGAUUAAUGGAGACAAAAAGCAAUACCCUGCUACUGAUAGGACCUUUCAAAAUUCUUUCCAGACUUUUGAUUGAAGGUGACUCUGAAUUCCCACUUUGGGGAUACAGUGGGAACCUGGACUUGGAAGUCAGGGAGGUCUGAAUUCAAAUCCUGCCUCAGAUUUUACCUGUGACCUGAGCAAGUCACUUUAUUUCUUCCUGCUUGCGUUUCCUCCUCAUCUGUAAUGAGGUUGGAUUCAGUGGCUUUCAAGGUCCCUUCCAGCUCUAAAUAUAUGAUCCUUUGACCUCUAUGUCAUAUUUUCUUAAUCCCCCUUUGCUCUCACCUCUACAUCCCUCCCCAGCUCUGCAACUCUAGACUUGUCCAGAUAAUCUUCUGCAAAUAGUGUUUUCUUAAUGACGACUUAGUUUCAUCUCAGUAAAGUUGUUAAUUUAGCUCUUAAUUGCAAAGGAACUCUGGAAACUUCCCUCCUUCCCCACACAUCUUAGAAAUUUUACAAAGAACAGUCUCUCCCGAUGGAGGAGUAAAUAGCCCUGACACAAAUGAGUAUAAGAUUAGACCACAUUCCCCAGGGGCAUAUCUGAGAGAACAUUUUUACCCCUUUGAGGCCCUGUACACCAUCUGAGCCCAAGCAAUAUUUGUUGUCUGAAGCAUUGGGCAGAAUAUGAAAUAGAAUUGGGAAAGUGCUUGCAGCAGGGAUCGGAUUUACUCUCACCUUAUUAUCACAGUACUACUCACCCUCAUUUAGGACAAAGGGAUUGAGACACAGCCUCAGCGAAGAAGGGAGCUUUCCCACAGUCACAUGACCUUGAAAGAUCGUCUGCAGUUGCACAUAUGUGAGUUAUCCAACAGUAGCAUGCAUUCUCCCCAGGUGCAAAAGUGUCCGGCAACUAACAAAUGAAACUCAAGUUGGCCAUGUUAGUUUCUUGGGAAUCUCCAGAAGAAAUCAUUCCAAUACUGACUUCGCUAAAAUCAAAACAUUCUGGUUUUCCUGGGGACAAAAAACGCCUUUUCUAUUAAAGAGAAAAAAAAAAAAAACUGUUCAUAUCCAAAAUGUCCCAUUCUUUUUCCCAUUUCCUCUCUGAUUCUUCUCCCUCUCUUGUCACACUUCCCCUUCAGGUCAGCACUGAAAAUUUAGUGCGAUUUAUAUACUCAAGGAGGGUCACCAUUAUUUUAUUGUAAUUGUGACUACUAUAAUAAUGCUGAUAUUUAGCUUGAGUGUUAAUUUCCUCCAUUCCAGCAUCUUAAUGUAUGUUUUCUUCUUUAUAUUUAACUGUAUCAUUUUAUGGUUUUUUUUGAAUGGGAUGAAGGCUAUCAGAGGGUCUAAUCACGUGAAACAAAAAAGAACCAAAUACAGAAAGUUGACUAGGAACAACAGGUAGGACUUUCAUUUUCUUUUCAUCUCUGUUAUUCUAGAAUCUUCCAGUAAUAUCUGUAUUGGACAGGACAGGAAUGGAGUGCAGAAAACAUAGAAGCUGGCUGUAUUCCAUACUUUGCACAGAACUUCCAUUGGUUUGGGAACCAAUUUUUUGAAUUGAUAUUUCAUUGGUUGAAUGAUUGGACCUGAAACCUUGAUAUAAUUCUUACCACCUUCCAUGCUCUUACCUCCAUUUCCAAAUCUCACUGCCCCACUCAGUUCUUUCCUAGCCUCCUAAUUGCUCUGAAAGCCCUAUUUAGCUUUCAAAAUAAAGUACCCUUGCUCUGAAAAUUAUUGUGUAUAAUAAGUUGCCGUGAUGGUCAGGUAAUUGUAACCACUAUAAACUCUUAGAGGGAUGAGAAGAAGAAAUGGGAAAUAUACCUUUUCCCAGGGGAAAAGUCCCCUUCUCUCCCUGUCCCCUUUCACUUUACACACACUUAUACAAACCCUUCCUCAACCACUUAUUCUCCUUUAGGUACACAGUCCCAGGGAUGUCCCACUUAGGAUACAGGCAUACAAACACAUAUGAAGAGUUAACCAUUUAAAUAACCACAGAUAAUACCUGAGCCCAAAAGCCUUUGAAGAGCCAAAAGUUAUUUAGAUGUGAUGGGUCAGAACCCAUGUGAAAUCAUUGAGUGGGACUAUAAUAAUGUUUCCUACAAUCAUCAGCAUCAUCAUAAAUAUUUAUUGAACAACCUAAUCUCAAUACACCAUGUAUACUCCUUUAAAAAAAUUAGUAACAAUGUUUUAGGUGCCACAUAUUCCAUAUUCUUGGGUAAGGAUAAAGGAUUUAAAUAUCAGGUAUCUAUUAGCCUGAUAAUGCCUCCUAUGAGACCUUUAAUCCAGAAUCCCAAAUAAAAAAAUGCUGAAUCAAACCCAACAUAGCAAUAGUCAUGUUUCCAAUUCAGCAUCCUCCCUUCAAUCUCUAGCCUUGUACUUUUAGCACUGAACUACUUUGGCAGUUUGAAAAAGGUAAAAUAGUCUUCUCUCUCCCUAAGAACAGGAAUUUUGAGUACAGAACUUCUUGCUUGGUAUGUCCCUUAUCUGUUUCACAAAAUUGUUGGUUUACCUAGCACAACAUACCAAUCUUUAGCAAAAUUUUUCCUUCCUGUUUGGUGGUAACAUGUAAAGAACAAGGUAAGAAGGGGAGAAAAAUGAAUAGCAUGAAUCGUCUUCUGCAGGUGAAUUUGCUUCUGGUUGAUUGGUUUCUUUUGGCCCAUGUGGAUGAUUACACCUGUCUCUGUGACUAGAUCCUCUUUUGUGAUAUGACAGCUGUUUCCAGGAAAGGCAGGGAGGGGUAAGCAGACUGAUGUGAUGGUGGUGGAAUCUGAGGCACAGUGCCAAUUAAGGUUGCAAAGUGGAGCGUUGUGGUACUUCUAAUUCUGAGGGGAAAGAAAGGCCGGAUCAAAUUGGUGUUUGUGAUAGUGACAGGCAAUCAGUAUGGACUCUAUUUGCUUUUCUAGCCUUACUGGAGAGAAGGAUUUUUUAAGGGUAGGGAAAAAAUCUGGGCUUUCUCCUCUUUUCAGGGAAAGACCCAGGUUGUUAAAAAUGCAGGACCAUUGCCCAUAAGGAAGGGACGGUUGUGGUAGUAGCAAAAAAGAUGGCUAUAUCUUGAAUUGACCUCUGGAGUUGAAAAUUGAAAACAUUAUUGAAUAAGAUUAUGGUAGACAUUUCAGGGUGUGUGACUAUGUGUGUGUGUUAGUGUGCAUGGAGCAGGCUUUACUUGGAAACUGGAGGGAAGGAGAUGAAGAGAUUUAAGGAAGUAUUCUUGGUGGUCCAUGUUGGAUAUAGACUGGAAGCAUCCCUUGUCCCCAUCCUUUGCUUCCUGGUAGCAAGGGGAGGAGGGGAGAGGAUGUAUGCAAACAUAGCUUCUCUUACUGGCCUGUCAGACAGCUGUUGUGAAAGAAAAAGACAGAAAGACAAGAAGGAACUAUGUAGGUGGCCUCUGCUCCAGAAGGGAAUUCAGCGGAAGAACAGAAGUUUGUUCUGUAACUGGAGUUUGGGACUUCAUUACCCCAUCGCACUCGUGAUUUUGUCAUGAAACAUUCCAGCACAGGGACACUUUCAGUGCUUGUUUUUGUUUGUUUCUUUCCUUUUCUUUGUGAUAAAUUUCAGAAGGCGUAGCCUAAAAACCGGGCACAGCAGAAAUCCCAUUACCAAACUUGAAAGGAAGAUGAAAAUCUUCAUUUCCUUAGCCAAAGAAACCUUUGCAGAACCAUCAUCAUGUGCAGACAGAAUAAUGUUCCUGUCUUUCUUUUACAGGCAAUAACAACAUCGUUAAAGACCAAAUUCCUUUUUUUUUUUCCUUCUCUUUCUCUCCCUCCCCUGAUUUGUAAGAUGUUUUGUUGUGGGGAUUUUUGUCACAUUCAUUUCAAAACCACACUCACCUAAUAAAGAAAUAUGAAGAUUAGCAACACUAAAUACUGCUGCUAUCCCAAACUGUGAGCAUACUGUAAUAAUACUGGGGCUGAAGCUUUUCCCAAGAUUAUAUCCAACAUGAAUUUAAAUAAACAUUCCCUGUGGUUGGAAACCAAUAUUAGGAGCAUCAAAUGAAACUGGAAACUGUUUGGCAUAAUUCAUCCUUGCUAGUCCACUUGGAUGCCUUAGAACUCACAUUUAGUCUCCACAGAAGAGUUCCAGUAAUAUCUCAGUCAGGGACCUAUGGAAUUGGAAGAACAUGCAGGAGUGUGGAGACUCAAAGGAAGCACUUUAAAAUCUUAGUUCUCCACUAAUUGAUAACCAUUGAGAGUGGGGGUUGGGGGGAGUCUAAAUGCUUCCUACUACUCCUAGGUGUCUAAGAAAGAGAUGCCCCUUCCAGAUGUGAAGAGAUGUGCAGGGAAGUGAGUGGGGAAGCUGUGUCUUUGGAAGACGGCACAGCUAGAAUUUGCCUCCAUAGUCAUGGUCUUUCUACCUCCCCUUGCAUCAUUCCUCCAUGAAUCUUUGACAGCCUCUGCUCUCAAGCCACUACUUUGGAGAACUAACUUUAUUAACCUCUAUUAAAAAAAAAAAAAAGUCCUCCAUAUCCCCCAGGCAGUGACCUUGUAUAUGUACAGUUACAGAAUAUGGCGAAGAAAAACAGAAUGUAGCUUUCUACACAUAAUUGACCCAAGGUCCUUGAGGUGAUGGAGCAGAGCUGUUGUAAAUCAGGACAUUGGGAUGUGGGGGUGGGGGUGGGCAUGGGGGAGGAGUUGCUUUGUUUUCAAAUUCAAGGUCAUGGCUGUCAUCACCACCAGACUCCCUCAGGGGUCAUCAGCUUCUCUGGAGAACCAGAUGUUAGGCCAUUCAGAAUCAUCACCCUCAAUCCCCCCAUUCCUAUAUUGUGACCUCCUUUAAAAGGAGGCAAAUAAUGCUGUGUGCUGUAGGAUUAAAUCAGAAUAAGAAUCCUAAGGGCAGCUCUAAACUGGGCUUUUUAAAAGAGAAAAAACAGGAAAAGACCUUGAAUUUGACUGCAACUGGAGUGGGCAGAAUCAGUCUGAUCUGUGGAAAAAUUGGGGGAGGGGGUUAGCUAAGGUUAUUUUGAGGCCAUGUUCAGUGGUUUUUAGAAAAUAACAAAAUUGAAAUGUAUUUCUUGUGUAUGGACUAGCUUUAUCCUUCAGUCUUAGCAGUGCUGCUAUAACAAACUUAAGUGUGAAGAAAAAAAAUGUUCUUUUCUUUUUAAAAAGUAUCUUUUGCUUGCUUAUAGUUAAUCCAAGAAAGGCAAUACUAAAGGUAUAUUUUUUUCAGAAUGCUAUUUUUUACUGCACUGAUAAAUAUUAUGACAACUCUGAUCUCUGUAACAGAUCAACUGUUCAGCUGUGGGUGGAACCAUAUGAAGGAUUCACACCAAUCUUGUAAAUACCACGUGUAGGUCUGUCAUCCAGAGGCUCCUUUUUCUUUAUUUAAAAAAAGCAAAUACAAAAACCUUCAAAACCAGAAACAAAACUAAGGUUUCCUUUCUGAGACAGACAGGCAACCCUCUCAAAAGAGACUGGAGAGCAGCAGCCCUGAGGAAACCCGGCCAGGUUUGAGGACCCAGUUGCCAGUCUCAAGAGCCCAGGAGAGGGAAUCAUUAAUGCAGAGGCAUUUUGAUUUGAGUUGAAAGGUUACAUGAAGUUAAAAACGUUUGAGGGCCAGAAUUCUGUCAGAUAUCUAUUAAACUGCUGUGGAACAUCCUUUGAAUACUUUUUUUUCCCAUUUGUUUUUCCUCUUAAAAAUGAUUUCCCUGGCUCCAGGGUGGUUUGCCUCAGUUCUUGGGUAGUUUACAUGAAUUCCAGAAUGUUCAAGAACUCUGCCUCCAUUGGAAGCAAACCCAGCUGAUCAGAAUGCAGGAUCCUGGGUUGUUUCAGUAGGUGUUCUGGAAUUCUGAGGAUUUUUUUUAGAAGGUUUUAGAUACAUUUAUCUUACACAAACUGUGACCUAGUGGCAAUAAAUUACCUCAAAUGUGGGCAUUCAUCCUGGUUUUAGCCUUUUUGAAAACAUGUAGCCAGCUUGAACUUGGGAUUAAAAAAAAAAAAAAAAAGACGACUAUGGACUCCAUAUGGGCUGGAAAUAAUGAUAAAUGCCCACCCUGGUCAUUGUUGCUUGAGUGAAUUCUGAAGAUAGUGAUUCUUUACAAUAAAAAUUAAACCAAGGAAUAGAUUACUGUGUGUGUUGUACUCAAAUGUGAUGUUAAAAUGCACAUGUACGUAUAUAUGUUCAUAGCUACUGUAACAUACUUAAGCCUUCUAGAAGAUAUUUAAAGAGUCACGUUAUAAAUUAGCAUCAACUAAAUCAUCGACUGUGGAUAGUUACAGAUAUCUGGCUACAUUUUAUAGUUGAGGUGUUUUCUAGUUUACAUUUAAACUGGUACUUUUAAAGGGAAAUUUUUGUUUGUUAAAUGACAUCUUCAAGCCCCUGGUGGUUUGUUUGCCUCUUCACUUUGAGGCCGUGUCCACAUGAGGCAAGUGUUUAUUAACUAUGCUGUGUUCCUUGACCAAACAUAAGUUUCCCCUUCUUUAUUCUUGGAUUCCAUAGAAUUCAGAGAAAGUAUCCGAAAGAAAGUCUUAGGGAAAAUGAAGGGGAAGAAGGUCCAAGAGCCCGAUACUCAAGUUUUAUACCCAAUUUUUAGCUUUAACAUCCCAUAUUAAAACUCUUCUCUGACGAGGAGAACAAACUGGCUCAGUGAAUUUUGUCUUCAGUGGAAUUCUUUGUCAUCACAAGUGUGGCCAAUAGCAAUCAGCCAGAAAUGAGAUCUGUGGACACUUAUUUCCCAGUUACCCUGCUGUAAUAUUGCAGAGCACAGGGGCUUGAAACAAAUAUUGAACAAAGGUUUUGUAAAAGGGGAGCAUCCUUUCCCCAGAUAGAAACUGACAUCCACUCCCAUGUUCACUGGCUAAUUCUUUCCCAAAGGUAUAUUUCUGUCCUAUAUACCCAGCCCUUCAUUUUGUCCUUUGAAACAGGCAAGAAGUGUCAAAGUAGCUCUUUUUGUUUUGCUUUGGUUGUCUAACUUAGUAUUUAAAAAGCAUAAAAUCCUGUUUAGCCAAGAAACCCCCAGUGAAGACUGGGGGAUGUAUAGAGACCUGAGUGAGCAAAUAGGAACAGAUAACAAGAAGAAAACUUGGAGAAUUUUAGGAGCUUUUAGUAAAUCUGUGAUCCUACUAGUAAUAAAAGAUAUUUAUAAUGAUACUAAAGACCCUUCAAAGAGAGGGAUAGAAUGUAUAGUUCAUAACUCAUCUAUGAGUCAGAUUACUAGAACUCUGGAUUCCCUCUCUUAAUUAAUCUCUCCUAGAAGAUUUUGAUGAUUUUUCUUUGUCUAUUAUUUCCUUGUUGACAGUCAUUCUGAAAAGAAAGUGCUGUGAUUUAAAUCUUAUCUCUUAGCAGGUAAUACCUAUUUAAAAUUUUUAAAAAGUUUUUAUCCAGGCCUAGGGAACUGAAAAGAAUAAAAAUGCAUUUACUGUUUCCUUGUAAGCUGCAUUUGAUUAUAUAUUUUUAUUACUAUUUGCUUGCUAUGAAUUCUGAUGUAAAAAAACAUCACUUUCCCUCUUGAUUGUACCCCUGAUUUGGUUUGGUUUUGAUAUGUUUUCCUUUUAGUAACCAAAUGAAUUUUAUGUCAAUGGCUUUGGGGCUCAGCCAUGUUCUUGAGACUAAAAGUACAGAAAGUGGUAUAGCUCUUCUCCCCUCCCCUUUUAAAACAAAGUCCUUUGAAGGAAGGGCUCUGCCAUACCUCUAUAGGCACUUCCAGCUAAACUUUUUGUUAGCUGUCCAUUACUGGCAUUGCUAUCUCCGGUGACUACAGCUGCUAACUAAAUUCCUGGGAAGUUAUCAAUACCGGACAGUUUGCCAUCCCAUAAGUAAACUGGAAAUAGGACCAUUGCAAUUUCGGCUCCUGCCUCAUCCUGUGCCAGGUUGACUCAAUUAGUUGCCCCAGAUGCAAAUCAAGGGCUCAAAGAAGCCUUUACAACCCAUCACUCUUUAUAUCCAAUCAAAAUCUUGGAUAAACUCACCCACUUGUCCCUAAAAUGAGUGGGCUUACCUAGCUGUUAGUUAUACCAAGAAUUUCUUUUUAAAUUACUGUUUAAAUAGCUUGGCUCAGGUUAUAGGAAGGAUUUGCAAAAUGAAAAGGAAUUUGAUUCAAAUGUUAACCAUAUUCAUCCUUGAGAGCUUUUCUUAACUUCCAAUAGUUACAUGAAGUACUCCAGCCCUACAAAAGCAAAUGACUUUCUUUUCAAAGUUUCUAAUUUUAGUAAUUACCCACAACACCCCAACCUUUAUGUUGCUCAUUUCAAGAAUUCUUAAUGUAUUAUCCAGGGCACAAUCAUAUUAGCCCCAAGGCAUCUUUUUAUCCUCCGCUUGUUUUGUUUUAUUUUGUUUUUAACCAAAUAAAGUAGAAAAGGAAGUUACACUUUGGGGCAGCAGAAUUUCUAGUUUGGUAGAAUCACUGUAUAGCCUUUAUAUCUUCAUAUAUGUCUGUAUGUUUGCAUAUAGAUAUAGAUGUUGAUAUAUGUGUGUGUGUGUAUAUAUAUAAAUAUAUAUCAAACCAAAUUCUGAUAGGAGAAAAGUAUAGCUUUAUGACUAAGGAGAAAGAGGCAUUUUUAAAGUUAGAAUUAGACUUGGACUAUUUAAAGGAAAAAAAAAAAACACCACCACCAUGAAACAUGUUACAGGCUGCAUCAAUAACACAUGCAAGUAGACCAGACAAGACUGACAGUUUGCUCCACUUUUUCAAGUGGUCCUAAAGGGUAGGAAUGGUGUUUCCAGAUCUCCAGCACUAAAGGGGAUAUGUAGGUGGGCAGCAGCCAAUCAUAAUAACUGAUCUUCCCAUUACAUCUAUUUCGAUCUGAUGAUUAGCCUCUUACAUGGUAUCAUGUUUCCGAAAAUGGAAUUUAUUAGGAGGAAGAGAGGAAGGGCCUAGAGAAAUGCUUACCUUUCAACUGCCCAUCAAUCUAAGCUACUCUGGAAAGAUUCACUCCCCAGAAUGGUAACAGGGAAGAGGAGAAACUGAUGUUCUAUCACCAACUCAAGAAAAAAUGGCUCCCUCCCCAUUGCUAUCUCAUAUAGAUCUUUCUCUACAGUGUCAUCUCAGCUCAGUAACCCUAUAAAAGCCCUGGUCUAUUGUGUUCCUUCACUGUAUGGUUUCUGUAAUAAAAGUGUUAAUCCAUGUUAAUCUUUGUGAAAAAUUAUUGCGUGCAACAGUAUUUUCUUGUGUACCUCUUUUUCCUAUGUGAAUUGUCCUUUUUUUCUUUAUUUAUAAAUGUCUACUUUUUUUUUUUUUUAAGACAAACCAAUGUGUUGUAGACCUAUAUGUAACCUAUUCCUUAGUCUCAUAUUAUAGGUAUAAGAAUGGAUAUUUUACUUGGCUUUAGAAUGUUUUACAAGAAAAUUAAUUCUUAACUGAUCAAGUUCUUGCUACUAAAAAAUGCUUGUGUUUUUCAUCAUGACGUCGUGUGCUUCUAAAUUAAUAAUCAUUUUCGUUGUAGAAAAAUGGAGUGAAUUUAUAUUAGUCUUGGAAACUAAUAAUAGCAUUGUAAAUUUAUGAGAUGAUUUUAACAGAAAAAAUUAUAGAAGAAUAUAGUUAUUUUAAUUGUAAUAUUACUAACUGUAGGGUGAGAAAGGGGGUCCCAUUGUGGUGAACUAUGUUAUAGCUUGUUACUCACAGUUUCUUUUUGAUCAUUUUUUCGGUCUCUGAGGUGAAACGAGUUAUUAAUUGAAAUUUGUAAACUCACAUAUGCAUAUUGUAUAUGUGUAGAAAUGUAAUCACACUUUGUCUUGGAAUUACAUUAAACUGUUUGAAAUCACUGCA